AUGAGGAAGAUAAAUAAUAAAACAGGAAAAAAUAGGAAAGGGAGAAGUAAGAAAAGGAAAGGAAAAUAUGAAAGUAAAAUAAAUAAUGAGAAAAAAAAAAAAAGGGAGAAGAAAAAAGGGAGGGGAAAAAAGGUCAAAGGAGGAGGAAGAAAAGGGGGGGAAGGGGAUGAGAAGAAAAUGGGAAGAAGGUCAAGGAGAGAAAGGGGGGAAGGAAAAGGUCAAAGGAGAAGGAAGAAAGGGGGGAAGGGGGGUGAGAAGAACAAGGGGAGAAGGUCAAAGGAUAGAAAGGGGGAAGGAAAAAGGUCAAAAGAGAGAAAGGAGGAAAGGAAAAGGCCAAAGGAGAGAAAGGGGGAAGGAAAAAGGUCAAAAGAGAAAAGGAGGGAAGGAAAAGGUCAAAGGAGAGAAAGGGGGAAGGAAAAAGGUCAAAAGAGAAAAGGAGGGAAGGAAAAGAUCAAAGGAGAGAAAGGGGGAAGGAAAAAGGUCAAAAGAGAAAAGGAGGGAAGGAAAAGGUCAAAAGAGAGAAAGGAGGGAAGGAAAAGGUCAAAGGAGAGAAAGGGGGAAGGAAAAAGGUCAAAAGAGAGAAAGAAGGGAAGGAAAAGGUCAAAGAAGGAAGAAAGGGGGGAGGAAAAAGGUCAAAAGAGAGAAAGAAGGGAAGGAAAAGGUCAAAGAAGGAAGAAAGGGGGGAGGAAAAAGGUCAAAAGAGAGAAAGGAGGGAAGGAAAAGGUCAAAGGAGAGAAAGAGGGAAGGAAAAAGGUCAAAAGAGAGAAAGGAGGGAAGGAAAAGGUCAAAGAAGGAAGAAAAGGGGGAGGAAAAAGGUCAAAAGAGAGACAGGAGGGAAGGAAACAGUCAAAGGAGAGAAAGGGGGAAGGAAGAAGGUCAAAAGAGAGAAAGGAGGGAAGGAAAAGGUCAAAGGAGAGAAAAGGGGAAGGAAAAAGGUCAAAAGAGAAAAGGAGGGAAGGAAAAGGUCAAAGGAGAAGGAAGAAAGGGGGGAAGGGGGAUGAGGAGGAAAAGGGAAGAAGGGAAAAAGAGAGAAAGGGGGGAAGGAAAAGAUCAAAGGAGAAGGAAGGAAGAAAGGGAGAAGGAAAAGGUCAAAGGAGAAGGAAGAAAAGGGGGAAGGGAGAUUAA